GCGGGGCGGCGGCGGGGCCGCCUCCCCCCCCGGCUCCCCCUCACCCGGCGCCGGCGCCUCACCCCAACAUCAGGGCCUUGCCGCCACAGCCGCCCCAGCAAAUCCCCCGAGGUCCUGUCCAGCAGCCCCUGGAGGAUCGGAUCUUCACCCCGACCGUCUCGGCCGUGUACAGCACUUUUAUCUCCACACAGGUAACACAAGUAGCAAGACAACCGGGUCCUCCUGCCCCAUCCCCUUACACUGCACAUGAAAUAAAUAAGGGACACCCAAAUCUUGCUGCAACGCCACCGGGACAUGCAUCGUCCCCUGGGCUCUCACAGGCUCCUUAUCCCUCAGGACAGAAUGCAGCUGCCACCACGCUGGUGUACCCUCAAGCCCCUCAGACAAUGAACACGCAGCCUCAGACCCGCUCGCCGUUUGCAGCGGGGCCUCGACCUGCCCAUCACCAGGGAGGAUUCAGACCUAUACAGUUUUUUCAGAGGCCUCAGAUCCAGCCUCCAAGAGCCACCAUCCAGAACAGCAGCCCCUCCAUCCGUCCCGGAGCGCAGACCCCGACUGCCGUGUACCAAACCAACCAGCACAUCAUGAUGGUGAACCACCUGCCAAUGCCCUACCCGAUGCCUCAGGGCCCCCAGUACUGUAUCCCACAGUAUCGUCACAGUGGCCCCCCGUACGUCGGGCCACCGCAGCAAUAUCCUGUGCAGCCACCAGGACCAGGACCCUUCUAUCCAGGCCCAGGUCCUGGGGAGUUCCCCAAUGCCUACGGAACACCCUUCUACCCCAGCCAGCCCGUGUACCAGUCUGCACCCAUCAUUGUGCCUACGCAGCAGCAGCAGCCGCCGCCUGCCAAGAGAGAGAAGAAAACGAUCCGAAUCCGGGAUCCAAACCAGGGAGGCAAAGACAUAACAGAAGAAAUCAUGUCUGGAGGGGGCAGCAGGAACCCCACCCCCCCCAUCGUCAGACCCAGCUCCACCCCGACUCCACCUCAGGCUGACGCUGCUGUCCCUCCCCCCCAGCAGGUGCCCAGCCAGCUCCCCGAGCCCGUUCCCCCGGCGCUGGGGGCCCUGGAGAGCUCCCACCCCUCCGGCAGCGCCGCCGGCAGCGCGGCCCCCGCCUCCAGACAAGAAGAGAAGCCAAAACCAGAUCCAGUAUUAAAACCACCUUCUCCAGUCCUCAGACCAGAACCUGCUGGGGAGAAGAAAGAUCAAGCCGGGCAGACGACCGAGGCCCCCCCGUCAGUGGAGACCCCAGCAGAAGCUCCUCGUGCUCCAUCCCCGGCCCCGGCCGCUCCGGUGGCCGCUGUCCCCGCGGCCCCCAGAGCCCCGCCCGCGGCUGACCCGGAGGACAACCGUGAACUGGCCUUGUCCAGAGAGGAGGCGAUGCCAACCCCCAGUGCCACAGCCUGCCCGGAGCCAGCGGCGCCUCCCGCUGCGGACGAGCCCGGUGCGGAGGCGUGCGCGGAGCCCAGCGGUGCCGCAGCAUCCCCCGGGGACGCCCCGGGGCCGCUGCCGCCCGCGCCCGCUGCCGCCGNNCCCGCGCCCGCUGCCGCCGGCGACACGGGCAGCGCCGGGGCCGCGGCCGAGCCCGGGGCAGAGGCGGCCCCGGCGGAAGCUGCAGCAGCGUUGACUGUGGAGGUGGAGCCCACCGAGGCCCCCGAAGCGGAGGUGGAGAGCGCUCCAUCACCUCCCGGUGCUCCUCUCGCUGCUCCCUCGCCUCCUCCCACCCCGCCGCCCACCCCGCCGCCCCCGUCCCCUCCGCUUCCUGUCGCUGCUGUCACCACUACAACUCCUUCUCCACCUCCUCUCCCGUCUCCGAGUGCCCUCCCUGUUGUCCAGGGAGAUUUAGAAGGAGAGGAGAGCACAAGAACUACUCUUAGUGAAGAGGUAAAAGAUGUUGAAAAGAAGGAAGAGACAGAAGCAGAUGGGCAGCUGGAGGAGAGCCCAGAGGCUCUGAGUGUGAACUCAAGCAAGAGUCCUGUCCCAGCCCAAACCGCUGUACCUGCACCAAAGACCUGGAAGAAACCAAAAGACCGGAGCCAAGGCACUGAGGAGGUGACAGAGGCAGAAACAGAGACAAAGGAGGAGGAGGAGGAGCCUUCAGGGGACAAAGUACUUGAAUCCGACCAGGAGAAAAUGAGCCAUGGGCUUCAGGCCGAGAGGGAACCCUCAGAGCUCAAAGCAGCGAGGAGCGUGGAGGAGAACGGGGAGCAGGAGGCAGAGCCGGUGCGGAACGGCGCCGAGAGCGUCUCGGAGGGCGAGGGCACCGACGGCACCUCGGGCUGCACCGAGAGCUCUGGGGAGGGGCCCCUGUACCAGUACAAACCAGAGCAGUGGAAGCCCCUGGACCCGGAGGGGAAGAAGCAAUACGACCGGGAAUUCCUGCUGGAUAUCCAGUUCAUGCCUGCCUGUAUCCAGAAGCCCGAGGGGCUGCCUCCCAUCAGCGACGUGGUGCUCGACAAGGUGAGAGGAGAGCCCAUAAAACAGGUCAGUCAGCCCAAACUGCCGCUGAGGACUCUGGACCCCCGGAUCCUGCCACGAGGCCCCGACUUCACGCCAGCCUUUGCUGAUUUUGGGAGGCAAGCCCCCGGGGGAAGAAACGUGUCUGGAAGUGCCUGCAAAGUGCAGAGCACCCCUGGAUUGCCCUCCCUGGCUCGGUGCGGGCCCCCAUCAUGCCCUCUCUUGGUCUCGCCUCACCCACCAUUGAGGAACCUGCCGAUAGGGUUGUUGAAUGUUGGACCGAGGAGAUCUCAGCCAGGCCAGAGGAGGGAGCCCAGGAAGAUCAUCACUGUGUGUGUGAAGGAGGAUGUGCACCUGAAGAAGGCAGAGAACGCCUGGAAGCCGAGCCUGAAGAGGGAAAACCAAACGGAGGACCCAGAAAAUGUCAAAACCCAGGAGCUGUUCCGCAAGGUACGAAGCAUCUUGAACAAGCUGACGCCCCAGAUGUUCAACCAGCUGAUGAAGCAGGUGACAGACCUGACGGUGGACACGGAGGAGAGGCUGAAGGGAGUCAUCGACCUGGUCUUCGAGAAGGCCAUCGACGAGCCCAGCUUCUCCGUGGCCUACGCCAACAUGUGCCGCUGCCUGGUGACGCUGAAAGUGCCCAUGGCAGACAAACCUGGGAGCACAGUAAAUUUCCGUAAGUUGCUGUUAAAUCGCUGCCAGAAGGAAUUUGAAAAGGACAAGGCUGACGAUGAUGUCUUUGAAAAGAAGCAGAAAGAACUCGAAGCUGCCACCACUCCAGAGGAGAAGACACGGCUCCACGACGAGCUGGAAGAGGCCAAGGACAAAGCCCGGCGGAGAUCCAUCGGCAACAUCAAAUUCAUCGGCGAGCUUUUCAAGCUGAAGAUGCUGACAGAGGCCAUCAUGCACGACUGCGUGGUGAAGCUGCUGAAGAACCACGACGAGGAGUCCCUCGAGUGCCUUUGCCGCCUGCUCACCACCAUUGGCAAGGACCUGGACUUUGAGAAGGCAAAGCCCCGCAUGGACCAGUAUUUUAAUCAGAUGGAGAAGAUUGUGAAAGAGAGGAAAACCUCCUCAAGGAUUCGGUUCAUGCUCCAGGAUGUAAUAGACCUAAGGCUGUGCAACUGGGUGUCACGGAGAGCAGACCAGGGCCCCAAGACCAUCGAGCAGAUCCAUAAAGAAGCCAAGAUUGAAGAGCAGGAAGAACAGAGGAAGGUGCAACAACUCAUGACCAAAGACAAGAGGAGACCAGGUGCUCCACGGGUGGACGAAGGUGGCUGGAACACUGUGCAGGGGGCAAAGAACAGCAGAGUGCUGGACCCCACCAAGUUCCUUAAAAUCACCAAGCCCACAAUAGAUGAGAAGAUUCAGCUCGUGCCUAAAGCCCAGUUGGGCAGCUGGGGGAAGGGCAGCAGUGGUGGAGCCAAGGCAAGCGAGAUGGACUCCUUGCGACCAAGUGCCACAAGUCUGAACAGAUUUUCUGCCCUGCAGCCUCCAGUGUCCCCAGUAUCUGCCUCAUCUGCAUCCUCAGAACUAGAAUCUCGCAGGGCCUUAACGAGUCGUGGGAGCACGGGCAGGGAGAAGAACGACAAACCUCUGCCACCUUCCCUGUCCCGGCCCAACACCUUCCUGAGGGGCAGCAGCAGCAAGGAGCUGCUGCUGGACAACCAGGCCCAGGAGGAGCAGCGCAGGGAGAUGCUGGAGACGGUGAAGCAGCUGACAGGGGCCAUGGAGAUGGACAGGAACAGCAGCGAGGCCGAGAGGAACAAAGCCAAGGAACCUGCCAAGCCAGAAGUUCCCCCAGCUCCAGUGCAAGAAAAGCCUUCGCUAUCAGAAGAGGAAAUAGAGAGAAAAUGCAAAUCUAUCAUUGAUGAGUUCUUGCAUAUUAAUGAUUUUAAGGAGGCCAUGCAGUGCGUGGAGGAGCUGAGUGCCCAGAGCCUGCUGCCCGUGUUCGUGCGCGUGGGCGUGGAGUCCACGCUGGAGCGGAGCCAGAUCACCAGGGAUCACCUGGGCCAGUUGCUACAUCAGCUGGUGCACUCAGGAAAGCUGAGCAAGCAGGAUUUCUUCAAGGGUUUUUCUGAGACCCUGGAGAUGGCGGAUGACAUGGCCAUAGAUAUACCCCAUAUCUGGUUGUACCUGGCUGAGCUGGUGACCCCCAUGUUAAAAGAAGGAGGAAUCUCUAUGAGAGAACUUACACAAGAAUUUAGCAAACCCUUGCUUCCUGUGGGAAGAGCCGGCGUCUUGCUUGCUGAAAUCUUGCACCUUCUAUGCAAACAAAUGAGCCAUAAGAAAGUGGGAGCCUUAUGGAGGGAGUCUGGCCUCAGUUGGAAGGACUACUUGCCCGAAGGGGAGGAUGUACAUACCUUUCUCAUGGAACAGAAGUUGGAGUUCACGGAGUCUGACUGUUCCAGUUCCUCAGAAGCACUUUCAGAGAAAGAACUGUCUGCAGAAGAGCUGAACAAGCAGCUGGAAAAACUCAUUGUUGAGGACAAGGCGAAUGAUGAACAAAUCUUUGAUUGGGUAGAGGCUAAUCUAGAUGAAAGCCAGAUGAGUUCACCUACAUUCCUUAGAGCUUUAAUGACAGCAGUUUGUAAAGCAGCUAUUAUAGCGGACUCUUCCAGCUUCCGAGUGGACACUGCUGUUAUCAAACAGAGGGUGCCCAUCUUACUCAAGUACCUGGACUCAGACACAGAGAAGGAACUACAAGCACUUUAUGCACUACAAGCAUCAAUAGUAAAACUUGAUCAACCUCCUAAUUUGUUGCGGAUGUUCUUUGAUUGCCUGUAUGACGAGGAGGUCAUUUCAGAGGAUGCCUUCUACAAGUGGGAAAGCAGCAAGGACCCGGCGGAGCAGAACGGCAAAGGAGUAGCGCUGAAAUCUGUCACGGCGUUCUUCACGUGGCUACGGGAGGCCGAAGAGGAGUCAGAGGAUAAUUAAAACUUAAAAUACAGAUUUAAAACAAACAAACAAAAAAGAAACAAUUUAAGUAUUUUUUUAAAAAGUUUCACGUCUUCGCCAAUCACAGUGCAGCAAGGCCAAUUCUCUCUCGCAGACCCCCUUGCCCCACACACGCACGAGUGGGAGAGGUAAAACCCGAUAAACACCAAGGUGAUCAUGGAGGCAAAAAGGUACUUGAAAACAAACCCACAAAAGUAAACUUCAAACCUGAGGGCGGGAGCACUAAACCAAAAUACAUGUAUUAUUUAUAGAAAAUAUUUUCUGUUUUAAUCUUUUUCUUUUCUUUUUAAACAAGGACUCAUACUUAGGAAAACAUACAGCGAAACAGAUCUGUUUAGCAAAAACAAGUUGAACACUUUUAAUUUAUUAUUUUAAGGACUGCAAAUGCCAGUGUAAUUUUUAAAUUUGCAGUUUCUGUAAACAAAUUGUAUAAUAGAACAAAAGCAGAGAAAUAAAUUUCCCUCCCCUUCAUACGCACCUCAGUUUUGUUUCAAAGCAUGAUAAAUCAACAAAACUUUGAAGGGGGUUGGGGUGAGCUAGAUGAGGACAAGAUCAAUUUUUUUUUUAUUAUCAUCAGAUUUUUCUGCCUGCCUCUCAGCUUGCUACAGAAAUUUAAAAAGAAAAUAGUAAUCAAACCAUACAUAACCUUGGAUCGGAAGAAAAAUGCAUUUGAGAAAACCGCUGUGGACCAGAGUGCUCCGAAAAUAACUCAUUGAAAACCGUGCUACCCCGGGGAAAAAAGUACUAGUGAUACUUUGAGAACCUUUAGAGCAACUUUAAGGCUUGUAAAUACAUAGAACAAAUAUUUAAAAGAAAAAAAAAAAAAAAAAGAAAGAAA